CCCCCUUGCACAUGGAGUAACUCGCUGGGAAUAACAUAGAAAAAUGAACAACGAACACGACAAAAUCUUAACUGCUUUGCCAGAAAGUGACGACUUGGUGCCAAAAAGAAAAGCAACUUCAGUUAUCUGGAAUUAUUUCGGCUACAAGAAGGGUGAUAUUGAGCAAACACGUGUUCUGUGUGGACAGUGCCUUGCCCCUGUGGGCACGACGGGAGGUAACACAACUAAUUUGUUUGAACAUUUACGUCGACACCACACAGCUCAGUACGUCGAAUGCAAAGCUAAAUCUGUAUGUCGUCAAAAUUACAUUUCGGGAGCCUUUGCAAGUGGUACACCAUAUGCGAAAGAUUCCAAACGGCAGAAAGAAAUAACAGAUGCUAUCACGUUUCAUCUGGCUAAAGACAUGGUACCCGUAUAUACGAUUUCCAAAGUUGGGUUUAAAAAAAUGAUCCGCUCGCUAGACAAACGGUACGUCAUACCGCCACGUAACUUUUUUUCUCAAGUUGCCAUCCCGGAGCUGUACGAGAAGUGCAAGGCAGACGUUCAAACAGAGCUGUCAGAUGUGCAGUAUUAUGCAGUGACAACGGACUUGUCUCGCCGGACUGCGGAGCCUUACAUCAGUCUGACUGUCCACUUCAUUCAUCAGGAGUUCGAAAUUAAAAGUCGCUGUUUGCAAACGUCAUAUUUCCCGGAGGAUUACACGAGUGAGAAUAUUGCAUUUGAGAUGAGAGAAGCGCUGGCUGCUUGGGGCCUGGAUGACAAUCGUCUUGCGUGCAUAACAACAGACAACGCUGCAAACAUGAUGAAAGCCGCUGCACAGAACGAGUGGACCCGACUGCAGUGUUUUGCCCACAGACUGCAUCUUGCGGUUGAAAGUGCAGUCAAACAUGAUGGACGUAUUGAGCGUGCUGUAGGUGUCUGCAAGAAGCUGGUUGGUCACUUCUCCCGCAGCUGGAAGGCCAGAAGAGCUCUUGAAAAAGCCCAGAAAGACCUCAAUCUACCAACUCAUUCCCUCUUAUCCGAAUGCCAGACAAGAUGGGGCUCUAGACAGAUGAUGAUCAGUAGGAUACUGGAGCAGCAGCAGGCCAUAACUCAGGUUCUGUCCAUGGACAAGAAGAUGCACCAUUUAACUCCAACUUGGCAAGACAUAGAUGUUCUGGAAUCUGUCAGCAGAUCACUAGGCCCGCUGCUGGAAUUAACUGAUGCUCUUUCAGGUGAAGACUAUUUCAGUGUUUCCUAUGUUAAGCCUGUCCUGCACCUCUUAAACAACUCAAUCCUGGUUGUCCAAGAGGACGACGCAGACCUAACAAAGAAGGUGAAGAGUGAGAUGUUGAACUACAUCAACAAGCUAUAUAAUUGUAAAGCUACUCAGGAGCUACUUGAUAUAGCAUGUUGUUUGGACCCCAGAUUCAAGAUGGAUUUCAUCAGUGCAGACAACAAGAGCCAAGUCAGUGCCAGAGUGAUAUCAGAGAUGACGGUGACAUUGGAGACCCAGGAGACAACACUCUGCAGCUCAGAGGUCGAACCCAAAGCGGCUGCCACGCCCCAGAAAAAGAAAGCUAAGAGGUCCUUGGGCUGUUUCUUCAAAGAAAAGGGGAGCAGAGCUGCAGAAAAGUGUGAUUCCUUUGUAAACCUGAAGGAUACGGUGGAAGCAGAGUUUGACAACUACCUGCUAGCACCUUCAAUAGACACAGAGGAAGAUCCACUUACUUGGUGGAAAAUUCACCAAGUCAACUUUCCACAUCUUGCCAAGCUUGCCCGCAAGUAUCUCUGCAUUCCUGCAACAAGCUCCCCUUCAGAAAAGCUUUUCAGGACAAGUGGCCACAUUGUCACUUGUCAGCGUUCUUCUUUAAAACCUGCAAUGGUAGAUAGACUGGUAUUCUUGGCCAAAAACCUCAACACUUGAGUGAACUUUGUACGUGCACUGUACACACACACACACACACACACAGUUAGUUACACUUGGACUUUUAUCUGUUCGGUACUCUUAAAAAAGGAAAGAGAAAAGCAGAUUUGCUAAAGCGUUCAAGGUUGUCUUCAUCUUUAUUUAAGAUUAAAAGACAUUUUACACUGCACUGUUGCUUUGGUUUAAAUGAUCACCAAUUUGUGAAACUGAUUGCUGAGAGUUGGCUCUUCAAGUUACACAGUGCAUCUGGAAAGUAUUCAUACAGUUUGUUUUACCACAUUUUGUUAUGUUACAGCCUCCUCCCAAAAUGGAAUAAAAAAAAAUGUUUCCCUCAAAAUUCUACACACAACCCCCCAUAAUGACCAUGUGAAAAAAUUUGCAGAUUUAUUAAAAAUAAGAACCUAAGACGUCACAUGUACAUAAGUAUUCACAGCCUUUGCUCAAUACUUUGUUGAUGCACCUUUGGCAGUAAUUACAUCCUCAAGUCUUUGUGAAUAUGAUGUCACAAGGCUUGGCACACCUAUCUUUGGGUAGUUUCCCCCCAUUCCUCUUUGCAGCACCUCUCAAGUUCCAUCAGGUUGGAUGGAGAGCGUCAGUGCACAGCCGUUUUCAGAUCUCUCCAGAGAUGUUUGAGCGGAUUCAUGUCUUUGCUCUGGCUGGGCCACUCACGGACAUUCACAGAGUUGUCCUGAAGCCACUCCCUCGUUGUCUUGGCUGUGUGCUUAGGGUCGGUGUCCUGUUGGAAGGUAAACCUUCGCCCCAGUCUGAGGUCCUGAGCGCUCUGGAGCAGGUUUUCAUUCAGGAUGUCUCUGUACAUUGCUGUAUUCAUCUUUCCCUCAAUCCUGACUAGUCUCCCAGUUCCUACUGCUAAAAUAACAUCCCCACAGCAUGAUGCUGCCACCACCAUGCUUCACUUCAUGGUAUUGGUCAGGUGGUGAUGGUUUCCUCCAAAUAUGACGCCUGGCAUUCACACCAAGUUUCAUCGGAUCAAAGACUUUUCUCUCUUAUGGUCUGAGAGUCCAUCAGGUGCCUUUUGCCAAACUCCAGGUGGGCUGCCAUGUGCCUUUUACAAAGGAGUGGCUUCAUCUGUCCACUCUACCAUACAUGCCUGAUUGUUGGAGUGUUGCAGAGAUGGUUGUCCUUCUGGAAUGUUCUCCUUUCUCCACAGAGGGCUGCUGGACCACGGACAGAGUGACCAUCGGGUUCCUGGUCACCUCCAUGACUAAGGCCUUUCUCCCCCGAUUGCUCAGUUUAGAAAUGCGGCCAGCUCUAGGAAGAGUCCCGGUGGUCCGGAACUUAUUCCAUUUACAGAUGAUGGAGGCUACUGUGCUCACUGGAACCUUCAAAGCAGCAGACAUUUCUCUGUGCCCUUCCCGAGAUUUGUGCCUCGAGACAAUCCUGUCUCAGAGGUCUACAGACACUUCCUUGGACUUCAUGCUUGGUUUAUGCUCUGACAUGCACUGUCGAUUUGUAGGACCUUCUAUAGACAGAUGUUUGGCUUUCCAAAUCAUGUCCAAUCAACUGAAUUUACCACAGGUGGGACUCCAAUUAAUCUGUAGGAACCUCUCAAGGAUGAUCAGUGGAAACAUGAUGCACCGGAACUCCAUUUUGAGCUUUGUGGCAAAGGCUGUGAAAACUGAUGAACAUGUGAUUUGUUCACAUUUUUUUAUUUUUAAUAAAUUUGCAAAAAUCACGUCAUUAUGGGGUGUUGUGUGUAGAAUUUUGAGGGAAAAAAUGUAUUUGUUCCAUUUUGGAAUGAGGCUGUAACAUAACAAAAAGUGAAGCGCUGUGAAUACUUUCCGGAUGCACUUUAGAGCAAAUUAAAUUAAUCUUUAUCUCAAGUUGUUUAAGUCUUAUGCUGUAAAUCAUUAAGGCAACUGGCAAUGUGCUAAUAUUUGUAUGUGGUUUAUUUAAAAUCAUAUUUACUUUUUAUACUACAUUAAAACGAGGGUUGUAAGUCUCUCGAGAACCCCAUUUUGAGCUGCUGAUAUUUCAUUUUUGUUAAAGCUUGUUUACUUAUUUUCCAUUAUUAACAAAAGAAGGUGUUGUUGGACCACUCAGGAAGCUCAUAUAGACCUGCUUUUAUUUUUAUUAUUUUGCUUUUUAAAAAACUUUUGAUAAAAAGACAGU